AUGUCUCAAUCGCUGCGCCCAUACCUGAAUGCUGUUCGCUACUCUCUCCAGGCAGCUCUAAACCUCUCAAACUUUUCAUCUCAGGAUAUUGAACGCCACAACAGACCCGAAGUCGAAGUGGUUAAUAACAGCGCAGAGAUUCUACUUCAGCCAAUGCACAUAGCCCGUAAUGAACAUGAACAAGUUCUCAUAGAGACAAGUGUUAAUAGUGUCCGUAUGAGCAUCAAGAUCAAACAAGCUGAUGAAAUUGAACAGAUCCUGGUCUACAGAUUCACUCGUUUCUUAGAACAGCGUGCGGAAUCCUUCUAUAUUUUAAGAAGAGUCCCCAUCCAGGGUUACAGCAUUUCCUUCCUCAUCACACAUAGACACACAGAAACUAUGAUCACCGAAAAGCUCAUUGACUUCAUCAUCGAAUUCAUGGAAGAGGUCGAUAAAGAAAUCAGUGAAAUAAAAUUGUUCUUGAACGCCAGGGCUAGAUUUGUCGCCGAAGCAUAUCUUGGUGAGUUUGUCUACUAG